AUGUAUGAUGAGAAGGAGGAGAAGCAUUUACUGAACACGCUCAAGCACAUAUCCAGUGUGAUUGGAUUCAUAUCUCUGGUUCUUCAUUUGUAUACAGAUGGCUUGCACUCUAUUCCUUUACUCACAAGUGUUUUAUAUUCCAUAACUUUUAAUUAUGCCUCCUCUUCAAACUAUCACUUGCCUUCCUUACGGGAGAUGUGGCAGAAGUUCAAGUUAAAGACUAUCCUGAACGUUUUUGGAACAACUCAGUUGGCCAUACUAAGGAUUCUUCUAUUAUCAAUGCAGACAACCGAGGCCGAUAAUGCAAGUCCACUAUUUUUAUCGUAUUUGCAAUUGAUUGUUGCUUUCACUGAUAACUUCACCAUUCUGUGUCAGCUGGAAAAGCAUGUGCCAGUGCGAGAAGUCGCACCUCGUCGACGUUACUACGAACGUUAUGCGGCAGCUGGAUGA